CGGAGAGGAUACAUUUAAGUAGUCAAAUCUAACUCCUUGUUAUCACAUAUCUGCAAGAAGCCGUCGGUUUUCUUCUCUUGCCAACUGAAAGUCUCGGGUGUUAUACUUCAUUUGAUGCACGGCAUGGAAGACCCUGUUCUGACCGGGUUUUCACAUCAUGUAUCCGCAUCUGUGCGAGAGCACCUUAUAAAGCGAAAGGAUCUGAUUUCCCAGGAGAAGAAGCAUCGGAGCGAUGCCGAAUUCCGUCGUACUUUGAGCCCAACAGCCCGAAAAGCAUGCGAGAUCGUCCAUCACAUCCGUGCAGAAGAGCAACAAAGACUAUGGCGUCACACCGGGACCCAGGGAGAUCAUGAUGCUGAACUCUUCCCGGGCAUGAUGUUUAGCCUCGCCAAAGAGCGGAUGGAGUCCACGAAUCUUUGGCGCAUUUGCAGAAGGCUCCCAAAAGGAGCGUUACUACAUUCUCAUUUGCCUGCUAUGGUUGACCUGGGGUGGUUGUUCAACGUGGCUUUAGACACUCCGGGGAUGCAAUUUUAUGCUUCUCAACCGUUGACAUCGGAUACGGCGUGUCAGGCUGCUUCCGUUUUUUUUGGUUUCUCAAAGGCAUCAACUAAACCAAGCUUGUCGAUUUGGACUCCCGAAUAUUCCCCAAAUACCCUGAUCCCAGCGGCUGUCGCGGCGGAAACUUUCCCGAAAGACGGACGUGCCGGCUUCAUUACAUGGCUGAAAGACCGGUGCUCUAUCGUCGAAAAGGAAGCGAUCGAGCAUCACCUCGGAGUCGAUGCUAUUUGGCGAAAGAUGCAAGGCGCUUUUCCUAUCAUUCACUCCAUAAUUUAUUACGAGCCAAUCCUUCGAAAGCUUAUAAGAAAAUUGCUCCAGACCCUUGCAGAGGAUGGCGUUCAGUGGGUGGAAAUUAGAGAUGCAUUUGCGUGUCCAUAUAGAAAAGCAAACAGCGACACCACGGAAGACGACUUUUGUUCAAUGAUUGGAGUCAUUGCCGAAGAAAUUGAAAGUUUCAAAGCUAGUGAGGAAGGGAGAGAUUUCUGGGGCGCACGAAUCAUCUGGACUGCACUACGCUUCAAUUCGGCAGGAGCAAUCUUAAGAAGCAUGCAAAACUGCAUCAGGGCGAAAAAGCAGUAUCCAGAUUUGAUAGCCGGAUUCGACCUCGUCGGGCAGGAAGACCUUGGUAAAACCCUCAAGGAACUCUCCUAUGAAAUCCUUUGGUUCCGUCAGAAAUGUGUUGAAGAAGAGCUUGAGGUUCCCUUCCUCUUCCACGCUGGUGAAUGCCUUGGAGAUGGUGAUAGUACAGAUGAGAAUCUCUUUGAUGCCAUCUUGUUUGGGACUCGAAGGCUUGGCCAUGGGUUUUCGCUUUUCAAACACCCUGACUUGAUCGAAAUUGUCAAAGAGAAGAGGAUUUUAAUUGAAAGUUGCCCUAUAUCAAAUGAAGUUCUUAGAUUGACAUCUACAGUGCUAGCUCAUCCUUUACCCGCGCUCCUGGCGAGAGGGAUUUCGGCGUCGCUUAGCAAUGAUGACCCCGCAUUAUUAGGUCAAGGAACCUCCGGCAUGACCCAUGACUUUUGGGAAGCCCUCCAGUCAUGGGAGAAUCUUGGACUUGCUGGUUUGGGCUGCCUUGCGGGGAAUAGUGUUCGUUGGGCAGUACAUGAGGAUCAGACGGAGGCGGACUGGGUCAAAGACAUUGAUAACGGAUAUGGUGGGAACGGAAUUCGCGCGGAUAGAAUGAAGAAGUGGAAAGCCUCGUGGGAAGAAUUCUGCCAGUGGGUAGUGGAUGAAUUUGGGAAAAUGGAAUUGAAUUAGUUAAUGUCUCAAUGUUCAGAUGGGUCAUCGUCGCCGGAUUUGAACCCUGAUGUGAACCCAUGUAUUUGUAAGGUCUCUCUCAUCCGGGGGAAUACUGGACAUCAGUUCCUUCGCUCU